CCUGAAACCAAUGGGCGAGGCACUCACCGUGCUGCUACCCAGCCGGUCCAGAUAUACAUCUAGUCCACCCCUGAGACAAGUAAACCGGGUGCCGCCAAGACAGAAGGAAACACUGCUGGAGGUUGCAAAAGGACCAGCUGAAGAUGGGAGGCCGGUUCUGUGUCAUGCUACUGCUGCUGGCGGUUGGGGCUCAAGGGCUCAUGAGGAUCCCAUUGCAGAAGUUCCCCUCAGUCCGAAGCCGGUUUGGCCGGUCAGGCCUCCCCAUCGCUGACUUGUUAAGACGAGGAAGAGUCAGGUCUGGGUCACCCUCGGAAGAAGGUUCUGUCGCCCGCCAACGCCUGCACAACUACAUGGAUGCACAAUACUAUGGACAGGUCUGCAUUGGAACCCCAGAACAGUGCUUCAAUGUUGUCUUUGAUACUGGUUCGUCCAAUUUGUGGGUGCCCUCCUCCAAAUGUUGCCUGUUUCACCUGGCAUGCUGGGUACACAGUCACUACCGGGGCUUUUUCUCCUUGACUCACAAGGCCAACAAAGCCAAAUUUGCCAUUCACUAUGGAAGCGGGAGUCUCAAAGGAUUCUUGAGCGAGGAUGUUCUGAGGAUUGGCAACUUGAGCAUUCAGAACCAGACAUUUGCCGAGGCUACAGAUCUGCCAGGUUUGGUUUUUGUAGCUGCAAAGUUUGAUGGCAUCAUGGGGCUGGGGUAUCCCAGCAUCUCAGUCAACAAUAUAACCCCACCCUUUGAUAACAUGAUGAAGAAUAAGCUGCUUAAGAAGAACGUAUUCUCCUUCCACCUCUGCAACACUGAGAGCGGCUACGAAAACAACGGUGGCGAAGUGGUUUUCGGAGAUAUCAACCACGAUGCCUAUGAAGGGAAGCUCCACUACAUCCCAGUGUCACGCAAGGCUUACUGGCAGAUCAAGAUAGACAAGAUAACUGUGGAGAAGCAAUCCAAGAGUGAAAAAUGUUGGCCGUGGAGGCUGUUUGACAAGGACAAUUCAACGAAGUUGUGCAAGGACAGUUGCCAAGGCAUUGUGGACACUGGCACUUCUCUUAUCACAGGGUCUAGUGAUGAAAUCAAAGAGUUGCAGAAGGCCAUUGGGGCUGAACAUAUCAUGGGAGGACAGUAUGCAAUAGAUUGCAGUAAACUUCCUGAGCUACCAAACGUGACUUUUCAUCUUGGUGGAAAGCCCUUCGCUCUGACACCAAAGGACUACGUUCUUCAGAUAACCCAAGGAGGAGUGACUGUCUGCCUCAGCGGCUUCAUGAGUCUUGACAUCCCUAAGCCCACUGGACCACUCUGGAUCCUGGGUGACGUUUUCCUCCGGCGCUUUUACUCAGUCUUUGACCGAGAUAAUGACCAAGUUGGCUUAGCUGUCUCCAAACAAACCAUAUGCGGUGCAACUACAGCUGCAGUAGCAGCUACACCGGCUCCACAGGGCACAACUCCAGCUGCAGCCACCACAACCUCCGGAUGUUAGCUGUCCAGUGUUCCAAGUGCUGAACUCAGGAACGCAGCAGGGUUGAGAAGUGGGGUGCGUGUAUUUGCAUAGCAGCAGGGGUGGGGUUCCACAGCAUGGGAUUUGCAGUCGCCCUAUUUCUCAGAACAGCUCCUUUUUUAAAAAACAACAACACAAGUUUCUAAUCCUCAUGGUGGCAGAGGAAAAGAUGAUGCACCUUGGAAAGUCCCCUUUGAACUUCAAAUACAUUGCUGUGUAUAUCAAGUGUGCAGAGCUUCUCCCACCAAGUUCUCCUCUUCCAUCCUCCUCCCCAGCUUGCUGAUCCUAUGCAUGUCUACUCAGAAGUAAUUCCGGUGAGGUCAGAGGGACUUUCUUCCAAGGAAGUAUGGCUGGGAUUGCAGCUUUUAGAGUCCUGUUUGCUACAGCAAGCAGGACAGCCUCAGACAAUGGGAUCAACAAGCUGGUGGGGGAUAAUGCUUUCUUCAUGUGACUUGAUAGCUCACGGCUUGAUGAGUCACCCUUGGAUAUUUAAGGUGAUGUAACAUUCUGAGCCCAUAGCACAGGCUUUGUGCUUUGUGCUCAGAAGGUCCCAGAUUCAGCCUCUGGCAUGCCUAGCGAAAAAGAGAUCUCGGUUAUCAGGACUGUGUUACCAGAUCUGCGAGUGCGUCUAUAUGCAUGCAUGUGCAAACAAGUAUCCUACAUGCGUAUUCACAGAAAAUCUAAUUUUGUGCAAUUAGCAAUGCUACCCUUGGGAACUGUACUGGAGACGAUUGUGUGUGUGU